CCUUUGAAUCCAAACUUCUUAAGGGGGCAGGAGAGGUCUUGUUAUAGCUUUAGAUUUUGCAUCAUAAUACACCUUUAUGCAAUUACAAGCAUAACCUCAGUGAAAACAGGAAGGAAUCUCUCCCAUAAUCGCACCGGACCAGUUCGAUGUGAAUCACACCAUGGAUAACAAGCCGAAGCAGGCAUAAUUUAUAUCCUCGCUGAGUUCCGAAUUUAGGUAAUAGAAUGAAUGACAGCGAUCUUAUUUUCUAUGCUUGCGCUUCACGCAAUUUUUGUUAGUUAUCAUUCACACCGAGGCCUGGUCAGUAAUCAUGAACAAGAUGAACUUGCAAGCUUCGUGACUUGGGGACUUCAAAUAGUCAAUACUACUACAAUACGGAGGCGAGGCUUACCUACAACAAUAUUAUUCACUACGCCUAGCCUUUCUCGGAGUGAGCUGCAAAGACGUGACUCAGAGUGUGCAAUGCCAAACUUUAAUACCAAGUCCAGCAUCCUCCGCAAGCGGCCACUGUCAUUCCUCUCCUGGAGCAAGACCACCAUAUUGAUCAGACAGAUGCAAAGUUUUCCAUAAUCGGCAUAGAAUGCAAUCAAUCUAGAUUAUGAUGUGUGUAUUACCG